CAGACGCCAGCAGAUCUCGCCGCCGCGUCGCCGUCCAUGCCGCCAUGCUCGCGCCACCUCCUCCGUGUCCGCUUCUUCCUCCUCGUCGCGCUGGCAGGCGUGGCCGUAUCCCACGGUGGCGUGGUGGAGGAUGCCGCCUGCGCCGCGGCGAACCGCACCGACGCGGCCUCGCUCCGCCCGGACCGCCUCACGGUGCUCCUGAGCGGCUACUCGGAGCGGCGCCUCCCGCUGCUCCGCGCCAUCGCGGGGGCCUACGCCGCGCACCCUCUGGUCCUCGCCGUGGUCGUGCUCUGGUGCAACCCCUCCACGCCGGGCCGCGUCCUCCGCCGCGGCGGCGGCGGGUUCCCACCCCGCGUCACGGUCCGCCGCGCCGCCUCGGCGUCCCUCAACUCCCGCUUCCUCCCGCGCCCCUCCGACAUCCGCACAGCAGCCGUCGCCGUGGCCGACGACGACGUGCUGCCCGACGCCGCGGCCCUCUCCUUCGCGUUCGCCGCCUGGCAGCAGCAGCAGCGGCCGCCGCCGACGGCGGGCCCCCUCGUCGGCUUCUUCCCGCGGUCGCACCACCUCGACCUCGCCCGCGGGAGGUGGGCGUACACGGCGGCGCAGCCGGGGCGGUACUCCAUGGUGCUCACCAAGUUCAUGGUCCUCGGGGCCGACCUCCUCUACAGGUACUCGUGCUCGCCGGAGCUCGCGGCCGCGCGCGCCGUGGUGGACCGGGAGCGCAACUGCGAGGACAUCCUCAUGAACUUCGUCGCCGCCGAGGAGUCCAGCGCGGGGCCCGUGCUCGUGGAGGCCGGCAGCAUCCGGGACUGGGGCGACCCGAGGAACGACGUGAACGUCGGCGGCGCGGGCGAGGACGGAGGCGCGAUGAAGGAUGUCGGGCUGAGCGCCACGGGGGGAUUAGGGCACUGGGAGAAGAGAGGGGCGUGCAUCACCGAGUUCCACCGCCUGCUGGGGAGAAUGCCGCUGCGCUACAGCUACGGGAAGGUGGUGGAGGCUGCCGUCGGCGAGCAGGGGCUCUGCAGCAAGGGCGGACGCCUCGUCCGGUGCGACCAGGAGUAGCUGAAGCUCUGCGAUUUUCUUCGCGGCCGUGUCAAAUCUGUGACAGAUUGGAAAUCAGCUUCAUCAUCAGGGCCUCAGGGUAGCAAAAGAACUGGCCCUGCUGCCGCUGCAGGAGUCAUGCACUCAUGCGGUGAUGCAACAUCAAUCCAUGAAGGAAGAUAGCGCUUGUAAUCCCUGCUGACAUAAUCGAUAGCUUGUUUUCAUGUCAAUUUGACGUGUGGUGUACCACCGCGUUCGGCAGGCUGGAGCUGGAGUGGUGUGAGAGAAAAACACUGUUACCUAUCUGGUGGCUGGUGGCUGGAGCUGGAGUGGUGUGAGAGGAAAUUACUGUAGAGCUGGAGGCCUACCCACCAGCCGAACACGGUGGUAGUUAGCAUCGUAUUCGAUUCAGUUCUUCCUCUAGAUUUUGGUUGUCAACAAGAUUGCUCAUUGUCGGUGCUUCUUGUUAACUCCUCUGCAGAACUGCAAACAAAGUUCAGGUAGUGCAGUGCUAUUUGCGGUAGCGCCUGUAUGUACUAGAAUGUUUGCUGCAAACUUGGUGAUGGACUGGAAGUUGAGUUGGAAGCAUGCUUACCCAAUAA